AGCAGAAACCAGCAGCCGCAGUCGCAGUCAGUAGCCAGCUGCGUAAACGUCAACUGACUGAAAGUACGCGAAAAACAUCAGCAGAAGUUGAGCAAGAUCGUCCGCCGCGAUACGUUGACGGAAUAGCCGCUGCGCGGAAGAAACGUUUCUCGGCUACCGGAGUAGGCCUAACUCGGGAUGCCGGAACACACCGUGACGGUUUUUAUGGAAGAUGAUCUUCGAGAUAUGCAGCACCACCAACGCUUUCUUCCCACUCCACCAUUAACACCGACCAGCCCACAAAGCAGCUUGGGCAGCGGAUCCCCUUCUCCGCCGCUACCUAGAGACGAUCCAUCCGCUGCGGCUACAACAAUUUUGUCGUCUGUUCACCACCCUGUUGUGCCUCUGCCGCUUCAUCUUGGAUCCGCGUUCACCGCCUACCUGCCGGCAGCUUGUCCGGCAUUCCAUCGGCACCCCUCGCCGCCAAAGACGAAGCGUCGCAAGAGGUUCGACUUCACUCGCCUUGCCGAAUCUGCAACGAAAGUCGACGACGACGACGAUGAGGAAGAUGGUGGCGAAUGCCCAGCUCCAGCAAUUUCUCCAGAUGAUGUCGUCCACCAUCAACCACCACCACCGCCAUCCCAUCAUAUUGGAAUUCCCACUGGGACCAUAGUCCCAUCUAUCCACCGGUUUCACCACGCUCACCAAAGGCAUCCGUUGUUCCUCCCAAAUCCUCUCUACAACCCUAUUUUCGGGUCGGACAUUAAGUCUCACCAAGUGAACUCUAGUAGAAGCUCACUCCUGCUGGAGCGGAGGUUCUUUAGGGCGAGAGUGUCCACAAGACCAAAGAAAGAAUUCAUCUGCAAGUUUUGCCAAAGAAGAUUCACCAAAUCCUACAACCUGCUGAUCCACGAGAGGACACACACAGAUGAGAGGCCAUAUACGUGUGACAUCUGUCAGAAAGCUUUCAGGAGACAAGAUCAUCUGAGAGAUCAUAGAUACAUCCAUUCAAAGGAAAAACCUUUCAAGUGCACGGAAUGCGGUAAAGGGUUCUGCCAAUCUCGAACUCUGGCUGUCCAUCGAAUUCUGCACAUGGAAGAUUCUCCCCACAAAUGUCCAACCUGUGGUCGGACCUUCAAUCAGCGCAGCAACCUCAAAACUCACCUCCUUACCCAUACGGAUAUCAAACCCUACAACUGCGACUCUUGUGGGAAGGUCUUCAGGCGGAAUUGUGACCUCAGGAGGCACAGCCUGACGCAUAGCCUCAUGAGUGAUGGCCUCAUAUCCAACAGCGAUUCCUCAGGGCCAGAAACAAACUAUGGAAGUCUUCCUCUGAAUCUAGCUCAUAUACCACCUCCAGAAAGGAUUUCGGUUUCAUAAAACUGUGGUAGAUUGUUGGACAAGCAACCAUAUCGACUGAGCAAAAAAUCCAAAACUGUAGUGUUGUUAUUCAGAAGAUUAUAGGCAUGUUAUUGUUUAUUGAUUGUCAUCGAACCUUUGGACCAAUUCUCAGGCCUUUUCUAGAUACCCUUUGGGGAACUUCGAAAGUUCACUUCUAGUAAAGCAUGGCUGUCAUUUAUUAGACAUUUUGUUGCAGAUAGCAGAGCCACUGAAUGUUAGUAACCUAAAAUAUUUAAAAAUGCAAUUACAUGUUCCUUUAUUAGACACUUAUUCUAGAAAAAUUAAAUUUUAUGAUCUAUCUUUUUUUUAUUAGUAUGUCACCAAAGGCUUAGAUGUAUUCCAAAUUAUAGACCUUUUAAAUAAGAUGCAUGGUAUUAUUAAGCAUUUCAUAAGACGACGCGUUCUAAGUUGAUAUUUAAUGCAAGAAAAAUCUAAUAGCUGUUAAUUUUAAAACUUCAAAUUGGAUUAAAUGUUUGUUGCUAAAUGAGCAAGCUCAUCGCCAUUGUUUUGAAACAUAUCUUAGUAUAAUCAGAUACCUUAGUGUAGUCAUCAUUUGAUCAUCAUCCAUUUGCUACCAUAAUUAUUGUACAAAUAGGACAGAAUGUGUGCUGCUUCUGUUCAUGCCUCAAAAAAAAGUGGGACGGAAAGUUUUAUUGAUACCCCCUGACUUUACUAAAAGAUUUAUUUAUUUUGGAAAUGAUAAGCCACCAGGAAAGUAAAGCAGCGGACUAAUAAGUUCUAGAGUCUCAUUUAAAUAUUGGACUAUUGUAACUUAAGUCUUGGAAUGUUAUUAUAUAAUAUAUAAUAGGCUUGAAACUUAAGUCCUGGAAUAUACCUGAAAUCAAAAAGCUUUCCACACAAAUCACCUACUUAUUCUAUUAGUUAAUCAUUCACUCUAAAGGUAAUAACAGCCUCGAGUGGGAAAUAGUAAUUGUGGCAGCCUGUGACAAAUACGGCCUUAUUCUAACCAAUUUGGCGCUAGUACUCAAUACAUGAAACGUAAAUCAAAUACAAGAUAGAACAGAGCGCUUAGUAAAACUUUAAAUAAUUGUCAUCACUAAUUAGUGGCAACUUAUCUCAUGUAUCAUAUGAUUUUGUGCUACCUCCUUUUUUUUUGUACAUUUUGUCAUCGAAUCGAAAGUUGUUGCUUAAACCUUUUGUGUACAUAUAUAUUUUUACGUUUCGAAUUUAUUUUGCUCAAUAUCAUGUGUAUAUUCAUAGCGUUGUAUAAUUUUUGUUCUGAGAGUGUUGUAAAUAAUAGUUAAUACUCUAUUGUGAAUUUCGUAAUUAAUUAAUGGAGUCAAUAUAAUGUACAUAGCAAAUAAAGAAUGGCUAACUGGA